GUGUGUGUGAGUGUUCUCUACUGGUUCCAAAGAAAAGACUGCGUUAGUCUCUAUGGCCACUCCUCACAGAAACUCAUUUUACCAAAGAUACUUUCUAGAAAGAAGCAGGUGUUUUAUUUCAGAAGACGGCUUUUAAAGGGGAAACAGCCUGAGCUGCUCAAGAAGAUAUUGAGAUACACAAACUUAAUUGUUAAAGGGCUGAAAUGGACCAAAAACAGAAAUCCACUGUGAAAAUGAACGUGAUGAACCCUGGGAACAGACUGGAACAUACCCAGCCCAAAGCUCCAGAGAGAGAGCAGUGGGCCAACAAGCUGGAGUUCAUCCUGGCAGUAGCUGGGCACAUUAUUGGGCUGGGGAAUGUCUGGAGGUUUCCAUACCUUUGCUACAAAAACGGAGGAGGGGUUUUCUUCAUUCCUUAUGUUUUAUUUUUGUUCACUUGUGGCAUCCCACUCUUCUUCUUGGAGACAUCUUUGGGUCAGUACACCAGUCAGGGUGGAAUAACAUGUUGGAGAAAAAUCUGUCCACUGUUUGAAGGUUUAGGUUACGGAAGCCAAGUGGUUGUUUUGUACACUGGUAUGUAUUACAUCAUCAUACUGGCUUGGGCAUUUCUCUACCUGUUUUCAUCGUUCAGGGCUGAGCUUCCAUGGGCGAGCUGUCACAACAGUUGGAACACAAAUGGCUGUUUUGAACAUAGUCACAAUCAAACAUUUCCUGUGGACCCAAAUGGAAAGAGUGCGUCUUCAGUUGUUGAAUUCUGGGAGAGGAGAAUCUUGGGCCUGUCUGAUGGAAUAGAUAACAUUGGGAAUAUCCGUUGGGACCUGGCCCUUUGUCUUCUUCUUGCCUGGGUUUUGUGCUAUUUCUGUAUCUGGAAUGGAGUGAAGACUACAGGAAAGGUGGUGUAUUUCACUGCCACAUUUCCAUUUGUGAUGCUGGUGGUGUUGCUGGUUCGUGGCCUCACAUUACCUGGAGCCAAAGAUGGAAUUAUGUUCUACCUCUACCCAGACCCAUCCCGUCUCACUGAUUCUGAGGUAUGGAUGGAUGCGGGCAGCCAAAUUUUCUACUCCUAUGGAGUUUGCACGGGGGUUCUGACCUCAUUGGGAAGCUACAACAAGUACAACAACAACUGCUACAGAGACUGUGUUUACCUGUGCCUGUUAAACAGUUUAACCAGUUUUGUAGCUGGUUUUGCCAUUUUCUCUGUGCUUGGUUUCAUGGCAAAAGAACAAGGCUUGGAUAUAUCGAUGGUAGCUGAAUCAGGACCUGGAUUGGCAUUUAUUGCUUAUCCUCGUGCUGUGGCUUUAAUGCCGGUUCCUCAGCUCUGGGCGAUUUUCUUCUUCAUCAUGGUCAUCUUUCUGGGAUUAGAUAGUGAGUUUGUAUAUCAAGAGGCACUGGUCACAACAAUCUCGGACAUGUAUCCUUCCUUUUUUCAAAACAACUGUCACCGUAAACUCCUUCUUCUUGGAAUUAAUGUCGGAAGCUUCCUUGUAGGCCUUCUGAUGGUGACGGAGGGCGGCCUUUAUAUUUUCCAGCUGUUUGACUACUAUGCCUGCAGUGGGAUGACCCUCCUACUUUUUGCUAUUCUUCAGUCUGUCUGCAUAGGAUGGGUCUAUGGUGGAGAUCGUCAGUACGACAAUACAAAGGACAUGAUUGGAUAUCGACCAUGGCCUUUUAUGAAAUACUGUUGGCAGUACUUCACACCAGCGAUCUGUACUUGCACAUUUCUCUUCUCCCUGAUCAAAUAUACCCCACUCAAAUUCAACAACACCUAUGAAUAUCCCUGGUGGGGAUACGCUAUUGGAGGAUUGUUUACACUCUCCUCAACACUCAUGGUUCCUUUGUGGAUGUUAUAUGCUGUGUGCAUUACUCCAGGAACACUGAGACAGAGACUGAAGCUUCUGUGCACGCCAGCAAAGGACUUGCCUUCUGCAACAUCAAAGAAAGCAUCAAACUAUGAAGCAUUUCAAACUUUCACAGACUUGCACACACUGCGCAAGACAAAAAGUCCAGAUGAUAGAGAUGAACAAAUACAGGGAUCAUAUAUUAUUUAAACUGAACAAAAAAAAAAAAGUUAAAAGUACAACUACAGCAGCGAAGAAUACAUGUCACAUACAGUUAUAUUCUAAGUCCAUUAGGCAAACAACUCUAAACAUCAUCUGGUCAGUGACCAGCUACCAAAACCAGAUGAGAGAGACUCUCUGAGUAAACAUAAUGAUCUUCUGAAACUCUGCCCUGGACUUAUCAUUUCAAGCUGCCCUGUCUUUUUAUUUAGGGUUCCUGUGGGGGAAAAAAAGCUGGAAACACUGCUUAAGGCUGAAAAACAGCCUCUCAAGCAACACUGAUCGAUCACUGGAACCGAUCAUCAAUCAGAUAUGUCUCAGUAAAAGACCUUUUUCUUUGUAGAAGAUAACAGAUUUUUUAAAUGUUUCAUUGUUAAACUGAAAAUGUAGUCUGAACUGUUUGUUGUACAUUUAUAGUACCUUUGUGUAGCUGUUUCAGCGUGUGGUAUUAUUUACUGUGCUCAGUAAGCUCAAGAUGAAGGAAAAAGAGGAAAAACAUAAAAGUUUUGGUGGUAACAAUUCUUAAAUUUUACAUUUGGUUUCUUUUCUUGUAUUCUGACUUCAUUUAUAAAUUCUACUAUGUUAAAUAUUAGAGUGAGGUCAUACUUACUCCAAACACACAUGAUAAAUAAUAAAAAAUAAAUAAAUAGAUGUGUCAAACAUGUAAAAAGAAAAAGCGACAAAAUUUUUGGAGGUGUUAGGUAACACCACUUCACAAUGCGCCUUCUAUUUAGCUGAUAAAACAGAACACACCUGCACUCCUUGAAUACCUGAAACUAAGGGAAAACUGGAACAACAGGUUUUAAUCCAAGACAGUGCAUGCCCACAGCUUUUAUACUGAGUAAAGUGAGAACCAGGGUGCAUUAUGGAAAGGUUGCCAUAACAAGGAUAAAACUGUGUGAGCAACAAUAAAAAUAUACACCUACACACAAUUUAGAAUCACCAAAUGUGCAAGUGUUCGGAUUGUAUGAAGCUUGACUACCUGGAAGAAACCCAUACAGGCACGUGGAGAACAGGCCAAAUCCAGCCGAUUUGGUUCAAACCCAGAACCUUCUUGCGAGCCACCACUGGGCUACUGUUUUCAGAUAACAUGGUGCUGUAAUCACUGCUUUCUCCUUGUUUUUGCCUCAGGAUUCUGGAUUAUUGGAUGUAUCAUCUUAUAUUUUAUUCAAGCUUCACUGAUAAUAACAUACCCUACUAAAAAAUGUUCUCAUAUUGUUACCCCACUGAAUGCUGGAAUGUUGAUGUAUGACUAAGUGUAAGACACCGACACCCUCUUGUGUACCUCCUCAGUUCAUUAUCAGCAAUGAAACCACUGGUAAACUCCAGUGCACAUGAACCAUAAAAGUACCACUGCCAUGUUUGACAGGUCCUGUGUGUGCAAUCGUUUGGAUCAUGAGCAGUUCCAUUUAAAAAAAACAAACAAAAAACACAAUUUCCAUCAAGCUGCUUUUUGCUUUUAUCCGUUCAUAAAAUAAUUAAUUUUAGUU